UUCAUUUAAAUGAAUUGGAAUUCUUAUUUGAAUGCGGUAGCGAGUUAAUAAUACUAUGGUGUAGCACUAUAACAAGGACACGCGGUCGGUUCUUUCUGAAAGAAUUGCGUCCUCUGCAUGUGUAUACAAGCAACUAGCUAACGUUAGCUUGACUAGCUGAGAGGAGGAGGUGCGUCUGCGGUCGUUUGGAUGAUUUGGGUAGAAUAGAAGAAAAUAUUCAGUGAUAGCCUGACAGCCGCGUGUGUAUUUUCCGACAUCACAUCUGCCUAAGGUGGAGUAUCCCACUGGCUGCAGGUCGGGCCAUGGAGGUGCUGAAGGAAGGUCAGAACACCAGCCUUGGCUCUUUCAAGGCAGUGGCUGUGGCAGCUGGUAUCUCUGUAGGGGCGGCUGUGGGCUACAUCGUCUAUCGCCACGUCAGCAGUUCACACAACAAUAAGGAACCAGAUCAAGUGAAGAACAAGUUGACACUUUCACUUGAAGCGUACAGGAACAUUUGUAAGCGCCAGGAAACAUUUCUGGCCAUGGUGACCCAAAAGUCUGGCGCUCAGGUCAGAGUGGAGUCAGAUCCCAGUCAGGCGGCUGUGCACGUCCUGUUGCAGGGCUCUGACGAGCAGGUCCUGUUAGCGCGCUGCGUCCUGGAGAACCUGGUCAGUGACUGUGAGCCCGUGGUUGAGACGUUGGAGGUUCCUCAGACCGCCUUUGGACGUAUCAUAGGUCGUGGUGGAGAAAGUGUUAAAUUAAUCACCAGGUCAACAGGGGCCAGCGUUUCCUUUACCCGAGAUGUGCAGGGCCCUGGAGCUACUGGUAAAGUCGUCAUCACUGGGACCAAACAAGCUGUGAAGCUGGCCAAAGAGUCCAUACUGGAAAAGGUUCAUGAGGACAUGCUGGUGAGAACAAAGAUAGUCCAGUCGUCUGCACAGCGACAGAGACGUGGGCAGGUGACACCAACGCCCAUAGCAGACAUCACGCAGUCAGUAGCCCCUCUGUGCCUGAACAACAACAACUGCACCAGACCGCAGACGGGAAAGAAUGGGUCAGCACUGCUGACUGGAACCUCAGAAUUGCUUCUGAAUCAUGUGGAUAAGACUGAUCAGGAGAACACUGGCAUGAACUGUGAAGAGCCGCUGAAGGUGGAAGACAAUUUGGAGGAGAACGAGAUAAAGAGCGUCUCGACCGAGAUGCUUUCUGACAUUUCCAAGUUUGAAAUUCCCAGCCCAGACCUGAGCUUUCAGCCCGACGAACAUCUGGAAGUCUACGUGUCUGCCUCAGAGAACCCUAACCACUUCUGGAUUCAGAUCCUCGGAGUCCGCAGCCUUCAGCUGGACAAACUGACCAAAGAGAUGAGUCACUUUUAUAGCAGCGGCCCCAAUGAGCAGCGGGUGGAAACGAUCGUAGUGGGGGAUAUUGUGGCUGCUCCUUACCGCGACUUUGGCUCAUGGAACCGGGCCAGGGUCCUGGGGACUCUUGAGUCUGGGCUAGUGGACCUCUACUACGUAGACUAUGGGGAUAAUGCUGAGCUGCCCAGAGAGAGCCUCUGUCGGAUGAGGAGUGACUUCCUCAGCUUGCCAUUCCAAGCUAUUGAGUGCAGUUUAGCGGGGGUGCGACCGAAAGGAGAGGUGUGGACCGAGGACGCACUGGACGACUUUGAAGCUCUGACACACUGUGCUAAUUGGAGACCUCUGCAGGCCAAACUGUGCAGCUACUCUCACUCGGACAUCUCCUCCUGGCCCAGCGUCAAACUGUAUGACAACAGUGAUGGCACGGUAGUUGAUAUUGGUGAGGAGCUCAUCAGAUUGGGCCAUGCUGUCAGCUUCCAGGAAGUGGGGGAUGGAAGACCUGAAGGGGACCAUCCGGGGUGUCUGCAGAAGAUGCUGGAUGAUGUGAUCGGAGCCUCUUCAGAGCUCAGUAUGUCCUGUAUAAGCCUCUCCGAAGCUGCCUCCAUAUCUGGAAGUGUUGAUGAUGUCAUUGAGGACGAACUGCUCUGAGACAAAGCACCUUGUAAGUUUAAGACGUCCGCACCCUAAAUGACUGGAGAGGAGGAUUGGAUCGGAAAUCAGUCACCAAAUUCUGAAAAAGCCUUACAUUGUUGUCACACGAGCCACUAUUUCAAACUUCAAAAUGUGUGUUCUAACUGCAGUAUGCGGCUAAUCGCAUUUGUUUGCCUUUUUGUGCGAUGUUACAUUGUACACCUUGUUACUUUGCUGAAAAUGUGAAGGGUUUAAGUUCCAGACCAGAAUGUAAGAGUCAGUGAAAAGCACUGUGAUGCAAGUCACAUUAACCAGAAUACAGCUGGUUUGUGACCAAGUUUUUGUUUUUUUUCUCAGUUUGCAUGCUAAUAGUAAAGAAUUCUAUUUUGGAUCAUCUAGCAAAUAAUAAUUAUUCUAAAGAUGUGAAGAUAUUGUGUCAAGAAGAUAUUCUGCCAAGGGCAUAUACAACCAGUUUGACUGAAAAUAUGUUAAGGAUUGCACAUGAUACAAUGUAAUAAAAUAUUUAUUUUACUUCAAA